UGGGAGACAGAUAGUCCUAAGAGAAACCAGGAAACUGCUAUCAUGGCGGGGAAGCCCAAGUUACACUACUUCAAUGGACGUGGCAGAAUGGAGUGCAUUCGGUGGCUCCUGGCUGCAGCCGGAGUGGAGUUUGAAGAGAAAUUUAUAGAACAACCAGAAGACCUGGACAAGUUAAAAAAUGAUGGGAGUUUGAUGUUCCAGCAAGUGCCAAUGGUUGAAAUUGAUGGGAUAAAGCUGGUGCAGACCAGAGCCAUUCUCAACUACGUUGCCACUAAAUACAACCUCUACGGGAAAGACAUGAAGGAGAGAGCCCUGAUUGAUAUGUACUCAGAGGGUGUGGCAGAUUUGGGUGAAAUGAUCCUGCUUUUGCCACGGUGCCCACCUGAUCAAAAAGAUGCCAAAAUAGCUCAGAUCAAACAGAGUACAACAAACCGUUAUCUCCCUGCAUUUGAAAAAGGGCUGAAGAGCCACGGACAAGACUAUCUUGUGGGCAACAAGCUGAGCAAGGCUGACAUCCACCUGGUUGAACUUCUCUACUAUGUGGAAGAGCUAGACCCUAGCCUUUUGGCCAACUUCCCUCUGCUGAAGGGCCUGAAAGCCAGAGUCAGCAAUCUCCCGGCCGUGAAGAAGUUUCUGCAGCCUGGCAGCCAGAGGAAGCCUCCCAUGGAUGAGAAAAAUUUGGAAGAAGCAAAGAGGAUUUUCAGGAUUAAAUAAAGCAGGCAGGGCUGCCCAUGACAUGCAGGAUCACUCUUCUGAAGUUCUCCAACAAUGAAGUGCUUUACCUAAAUGUAGAUCUUGGCUAUUGUGGAACUAAUAAACUUUUUCAAAGUAUAGUUGAUGAUUUCAUU